GAAAGUGAAAAAAAAAGAAAUGAGAAAAUGGCUGUCCGAUCUGUUGCGAAGCAUGUGCAGUAGCAAACAGUCUGCACUUUUUCGACUUGUUUCAAUUUCUGCUAUUCCUGCAUUUCAAUUCCUGUAUUCCUGUAUUUGUGCGGUCAAAGCUUCACUGCAAAUGUUUUGAAGCAUCAUUCUAUCUUUAUUUCUCGUUAGAUGUAGAAUAAAGAUGGAAUGAUACUUGGAAACAUUUGCAGUGAGACGUUGACCGCAUCCUUAUUACUAAUAUCUCAUUGUAGAAGGUCCUUAAUUUUUGAAAUGAUAGGUUAAGACACCCGGAGAACGUUUUCGAACGCAGUCGAGGAAGGUAUGGAAAUUGGAGAUAUUGGAGAUUAUAGACUUGAUAUGGUUGAAGCAUAGUAAUUAAGAGCAAUUACUGAAUUCGCGUCAAAUCGAUUAUUACAUGUACUUGUAAAAAAACAAAAACAUUGCAGUCACAUGACAUUUAUAAAACCUAAUAUAUUUAUUUAGUUUUAUACAAUGAACGGUAUAGAUAAAAGCUUAUUUACAUUUCUUGAGACACAUAAACUGCAACUUCAGGCUCUUGGUGUUCCAGAAUUAUUCUGGGAAGUUUUAUGUAUUAAAUUAAACAAUGAGAUUUUUGACGCUGGCCGUGUCUUCACGUUAAUGAGAAUAGAUUACGAGGAUAGAAAAAGGCAUGGUGCAGAGCCGGCAUGGAAGCUGAUUGUAUCUGCUGACGAUGGAAUUUCUGCACAAGAUCAGAACAAUAUUUUUUUAGUUGAUUUUGCUUGGUCCUACUAUAUUCGUUAUGCUCGAGAUAGUUUAACCGAAGUACCUGGUUUACUCGAUCGUAUGUGUUCUCUUAUGGAUUUAGAUACCGAUACAGACGAGCAAGAAAAAAUAGAAAAUGUUUUGAGAGAGAUGUGGCGAUACAAUCAACCAUUUAGAACUUUAGUUGAGAGAAAUAACAGUAUAUCAAAAUGGGUUGUCAUGGAUGAAGUUGGAUCUGCUGUAAAUCACAGUGACGAGCCAAAUUUUAGGAUAGUGCACUUUGCACAUAUGUCACAAACAUGUAAGACUUAUGUUCUUAUGUUUCCUAUAAAAGAUGUUGCUGAGGGCGAAGAAGUCACAAGAGACUUUGCGGAAGGUCUGACAAAUGAUCCUGAAAAGAGACGUGCGUUAUUGUUACCUUGGAUGGACGGUAGUUUUAGAAAUGAAAGUUUCGAACAAACCGAGCCAAGUACAGAUUACUUCUUAUCGGGACAUAUCCCCGAAAGCUUACCAGAGAGAACAGAUGUAGUCGAGAUAGAUACCAGCAAAAAAUUGAAGGUUUACUCAGAAUAUUCCACGAUACUUAGUUACUUGACAGAUCCGGCAUUUGAAAUCACCGACAUAAUGGAAGAGGCGGAUGUACUGUGGUUUGUGUCCCACUACAAAACCUACAAGGAAUUGAACGCUUCCUCGCCUAACGUCUUUGUAAAUCAAUUCCCAUACGAAAACGUUCUGACAAUAAAGGAUCUCUUGUCGAUUGUAUGUAGGAGAAAAGCGAAGGAUAAAUUGUACGACUACGACACUCUGGAAACAUAUCCGGAAUGGCUGCCGACAACGUAUAAUCUGAGCACAGAAUUGGUGCAGUUUGUUUCUUACUUUACGCAUCGAGCAGAAAAGAAUUUGGACAACAUUUGGAUCUGCAAGCCAUGGAAUCUGGCCAGGAGCAUGGACACCUACAUCACGGAUAAUCUCUAUGCCAUUCUCAGAUUACCUUGCGGAGGGCCAAAAAUCGCGCAGAAGUACAUCACGCGACCGGUUCUGUACAACAGGCCCGAUGUCAGUCAGGUGAAAUUUGACGUGAGAUACGUCUUGCUGCUCAAGUCUGUGAGGCCGCUGCGCGCGUACGCUUAUGCAAACUUCUUUCUGCGCUUCGCAAAUCUUCCGUUCGCACUGAAUAACUUCGAUGUGUACGCUCAACAUUUUACCGUAAUGAACUACGAAUCAGAUGAUCACUUGUACAAGAUGGUGUGCUCUGAUUUUAUAGUCGAAUGGGAUAAACAGUAUCCCAAUUAUCCUUGGAACACGCACAUCGAGCCGAAGAUUCUUUCUGUCUUUCGGCAGGUCUUCGAAGCAGCCGUCGAACAGCCGCCGCCGAAAGGAAUUGCCGAAAAUUCGCAGAGCAGAGCGCUUUAUGCCGCCGACUUGAUGCUGGAAUGGAAUGGAGCGGAGAUGCAGCCUAAAUUAUUGGAGAUCAAUUUUUCUCCUGAUUGCGACCGAGCGUGCGACUAUUAUCCCAACUUUUACAACGAUGUUUUUAAAUGCCUGUUUAUGGAUCUGGAAGAUCAAGAACUGUUCCAUGUGAUUUGUUAAAUGACAAAAUUGUACAAACAAUGGAACUGUUGUUUCAUAUAUUUUUUGAAUAAGUAUGUAAUAUAUAUACCUCUCUCUUUCA